AUGGUCCAUUUCAAUGACCAAAUGGCAGGUUCAGAUCACAGCAGUGAAGCUACCCAGCUCCCCGAGAAACCCGAAGGCGAGGUGAUCGUCACCAAGACUUACACUAAACUCCCUAGACGUCAAUGGACGUUGAUAGCAGUCACUGCAUUGCUGCAUGUCUUGCUCUGGAGUUCUUCGAUGAGUUUAGGUGUCACCAUAUUCCAGCUUGUGUCUGACCCAAAUGACACAACCAAUCUGGCAUCUCAGACUCUGACAUUGACAUCUUCCAUUGCAACUCUGGCAUAUGUGUUACUUCACACAAUCUUUUCUUUGAAGCAACGAGCAUGGAGACAUGAGAGACGCCGCCCAUCUAUCGAAAGGACGACUUAUGUUGCCGUCCGGUUCGCAGUGACUCUAUGUAUCCUCUGGCUUCUCACCACUGGUUGGAACAUGAUCAUUGUAGCUCGCCAGCCGACAUGUUUGCCAAAGAGCAACGGACUCGAUGGAUGGGAGGCAGGCCCUACGUGCCACGCAAAUCGUAUCGGAGUUGCUUCCUCUACGAUCGCACUCAUAUCAUCGUUCACUUUGUUCUACAUGCUCGCCACGGUACCUCGUCCUUUCGAGUCGCAUCUGUUCAAAUACAGCAACAAGCUCCCCUCGACACCAAACAACCUGACCCCAGGUACUUCCCGCCGUCCGUCACCAUCACUUAGCCCGACUUCGGCCCUCGAAAAGCACCGCACGCAUGGCUCGGUAUCCACACAUUUACGCAGCCCUUCAAUCCUGUCCUCUACCACCGAUAUCGACACAUUGGACUUGAACUCGACUUCACCAACGUCCACCAUCAAAGCUCCAUCACCUAUCCGUCCAGGGUUAGGUAUCUUCACAUCGAACGAGCAACCGCCACCUCUCCCACCGGCAUUUAUCAUGUCAGCACGAGCAUCGUCCUCAAAUCUCGAAACACAGUCUCUCGCCCCUUCAGCAUCUACCCAACACCUGCCCCUGCCCUCGCACAUACACAACUCAGCCCUGCCACCAGGUUUCGUGCCGAUCCCUCUAUCCGCGCCAUUACCACCUUCCUCGUGGCGUGCGAUGCACCCUUCAUCGCCCAGUCUACCAGCUGCAUCCCGCUCUUCUCCACAUAUCCCCAAUACGAACAGAGGCGCUAACGUGGGAUACUACAAACCACAUUUCUCUCGUUCCUCGAUAUCUCUUACUCGCCCUCAUCGCCUGAGUGGAGUUACUCCUGCCACAAGUGUCGCAUGGAGCUCGCGGAGCGGAUCUACAGGACCCGAUAGCGAAGCCGUUGCAAGCUCGUCUUCAGGGACUGGCAAUAGUGUCAGCAAUCACACCGGAGCUGUAAACCAUACCACAAUGCUGAGCGAGAAUGCGUAUGCGUUUACUCUCAAUGGUAUACCGAUUGAAGGGGCAGGAUCGUCGCCCCCGCCUUCUACGAGUAUCAAGGGAAAAGAAUGGGUGGUUGUAGGGCAUCAUCGAACAGUCAGCGCUCCUGAUACUACUAGUGGCGGCCAGCAACGACCGAUUCAGCAACAGCAGGUAUCUCGGGAUCUGGAGGGCAAGGUUCGGAAAAGCGCGAGCCGGAGAUCCCGGAUUGAGAAUAACAGUACGCCUGCUAUAGACGUUAGUGCAAGCUCUAGAAGCAGCGAGGAGUCGCAAUCGCAGUCGCGGACUCCAGAUUUAUCUCAUACAAUAAAAAGAAAGCCAUUGGACCGCACUGCGUCGAUGAAUGGAAUCAACAUCACGCAGUCGCAGGAUGUCCCAGUUCCGAAACUGAACGUACGGAAAUCGCGUUCGCAGAGUACAAUCGGCUAUACCUACCAAUCUACCACGAGGACGCUGAAAAGCGCUUCGAGGAGCAGCCAUCACCGACUGGGACGGAGUACGUCCAGUGGAAGCAGGGAUGAGCAUGGCCCGCUGACAUUCGAGCAGGUUAAGAAUAAACCUUUACCUAGAAUAGCCGCGCUUUGA